AUGGAAGACUUUGAAGAGAACAAUUAUGGUAUAAGCUAUUCUUCUAUAGACAGUAAUGAAAUAGAUGAUUUAUUUGUGGAUUCUUCUUGUAUCAAUGAUAAUACUAUGGAAGUAAAUAAAACUGGUGAACCAUUACAAUCAUGUACUAGAUCAACAUCAAGCCUUGGAAAACAUCUCACUAAACAUGUAGGAAAGAUAUCUGAACUAGAUAAAGAAAAGAAAAAACUGAAUGUUUCUGUUAUAGACAUGCUUCAAAAUCAGCAAAUUGUUAAUAAUCAUCCUAAUAAUGAACUCAAGGAAAUAUUUGCAUAUUUAGAACCUCAGGCAAAUGCGUCCUCUGCAGAUUCUAUAAAAAGAUAUGUUAUGAAUGACUUUGAAGAAGAAUGCCACAAGCUUAUGAUGAAGUUACAAAAAAUUUCUGGGAAAUUUUCAGUUAUGACUGAUAUAUGGAUAACAAAUACCAAUGAAAAAUCCUUUAUGGCAGUUAUCCUUCAUUAUUUAGAUACUUCUUGGAAGCUAAAAAGCAUUCUCUUAGAUUUUAUAAAUAUGGACGGUCUACAUUCAGGUCUUGAAAUCGUAAAUAAUAUGGAAGAGUGCCUUCAGUCAAUGGGAAUUAUGUCAAAGCUUAUGAUUAUUACGCAUGAUAAUGCUGCCUCUAAUAUUAAAUUCAUACAAGAUCUUUCUAAUUCUCUAGAGCAGUUGGGUUUUCAUUUUGAUUAUAGACAACAAUCUAUAAGAUGUUUUGCACAUAUUUUAAACCUCGUCGUUCAUAGUUUAUUAAGUGUUGCAAGAAAUGAACUAAAUAAAUUACGAGAAUUAAUUAGAAGCAUUUGGGAAUCACAUUUGUGUCAUAAAAAAUUAAAGACUACUUGCUUCAUAUAUAAUAUAAAAGUUAUAUUAGAAACUAUAGCUCUUAGUAAAGUGAAUUUACAUGCAACAACAUUUAUGUUAGCAUCAGAAUAUCUAACCUUAACGAUGACUGUUCCUUUUUAUUAUACAUUAAUUGGAAUACUUGAAAAUACUAAAAGAAAAGUUAAUACACCAUGUUGGCUUAUUCAAGGAUAUGAAGAUGCAAAAAAAAAGCUUACAAGUUAUUGUAGUAAAAUGAAUAUAUUACAUUUUGCAUCAGUAUGGCAGUCAAAUAAGAUAAAUUAUUCUGCUCUUUCAAAAUUCGCAAGAGACUGUCUUCCAAUCUCAGGAACAAGCAUUCCUAGUGAACAGGCAUUUAGUAUUGGUGGUAAUAUGAUCACUAAUAAACGAAACCAAUUGAAUAAAAAAACGGUGUGA